GGAGAGCUUCCGCACUUUCCACGAGCUCUCUGAGAUCUUCUCCGAUGAGAACAACCACUCGCUGAGCCGGGAGCUUCUCAUUAAGGAGGGAACAUCCAAAUUUGCCACCUUGGAGAUCAACCCAAAGAGGGCUCAGAAACGGCAGCAGCAGCAGCGAGAGAUGGGCGUCAUGCAGGGCACCAUUCCUUACCUUGGCACCUUCCUCACCGACCUGGUGAUGCUCGACACUGCCAUGAAGGACUUUCUGGACGGCGGGCUGAUCAACUUCGAGAAGAGGAGGAAGGAAUUCGAAGUCAUUGCCCAGAUCAAGCUGCUUCAGUCGGCCUGCAACAACUACAGCUUCACACAGGAAGACCAGUUUGUGGACUGGUUCCACAGCCUGGAGCGGCUCAGUGAGGCUGAGAGCUAUGGGCUGUCAUGCGAGAUUGAGCCGCUGUCGGAGUCAGCCAGCAACACGUUGAAAGCGAAGAAAAACACAGGCAUCAUCAAGCGAUGGAGCGACCGACAGCCACCGAGCACUGAGCCCUGCGCCAGUGGCAGCUCCCACUCGAAAUCCUUCGACCAGCUCAAGUGUGGGCAGUACCUGUGCAGCGGGGAUGCCACUGACUCGGUGAGCGUCACCUCGGCCGGCUCCAGCAGCUCUGACGUGGAGGAGAUCAACAUCAGCUUCAUCCCUGAGUCCCCCGACUGCCAGGAGAAGAAGUUCUGGGAAUCCACCUCCCUCUCCUCCCUGGACACGUCAGGCAUCGGCUCAGGCUCCAGCAGUGCCUCGUCCUCUUCUGUGUCCUCCACGCCGGUGACGGCCUCCCGCACCCACAAGCGCUCGGUUUCUGGCAUCUCCAGCUACUCCUCCCUCUCGCUACCCCUCUACAACCAACAGGUCGACGACUGCUGCAUCAUCCGCGUCAGCCUGGCUGUGGACAACGGCAACAUGUACAAGAGCAUCCUGGUGACGAGCCAGGAUAAGACCCCAGUCGUUAUUCGCAAGGCCAUGGCCAAACACAACUUGGAUGGGGACCGGCCUGAAGACUACGAGCUCGUUCAGAUCAUCUCGGAGGAGAGAGAGCUGAAGAUCCCUGACAAUGCCAACGUCUUCUAUGCCAUGAACUCCGCCGCCAACUAUGACUUCGUGUUGAAGAAGCGGGGCUUCUCCAAGGGGGUGAAGAUCAAGCACGGCUCCAGCUCUACCCUGCCCAGGAUGAAGCAGAAAGGCCUGAAGAUCGCCAAAGGCAUCUUCUAG